CAGGAAAGGGAAGCAGUUUGUAAACAGGGCUCGCUUGGAUAUCUAACCAGCGCACACCGGCAGCCGAACCCUACUGCCCGGUGGAACUGUAACUCAACAAAAGUAGGACUCUGAAGCUGCUGAUUAAUCAUUAUUAGCCGUAUCACACAUGGUGAUCUGCUGUCGGGUAUCUCCAACACUUACCAUCACGGCGGUGCGUUCAGCUGUGUGACCUGUGCCCGACUUAGAAGCAAAGUCCUUUCAUCAUGGCUCUGGCCGGAGUGAGAGUUAUUGAGCUGGCGGGCCUGGCUCCAGCACCGUUCUGCGGCAUGAUCCUGGCAGACUUCGGAGCAAAGGUGAUCCGUGUGGACCGGACCAAGUCCGGCAUGUCUUUAGAUACACAAGGGCGGGGGAAACGAUCCGUGGCUAUCAACCUGAAGACGCCAGAGGGUGUAACCUUGCUCAGGAAGCUCUGUGUCCAGUCUGAUGUUGUUCUUGAGCCCUACCGUAAAGGUGUGAUGGAGAAGCUGGGCCUCGGUCCGCAGGAGCUGUUAAAGGAGAAUCCUCAGCUGAUCUACGCUCGGUUGACGGGGUACGGACAGAGCGGAUCUUACGCCACCGCAGCAGGCCAUGACAUCAACUACAUCGCCCUCUCAGGACUUUUAUCCCGGCUGGGUCGGAGUGGAGAGAAGCCCUACGCGCCGUUGAAUCUGAUAGCAGACUUUGCAGGAGGUGGUCUUAGCUGUGCUCUGGGGAUCGCCCUCGCUCUGCUCGAGAGGACAAAGUCUGGGAAAGGACAGGUCAUUGAUGCCAGCAUGGUAGAAGGAGCCGCAUAUGUAGGUUCAUUUGCAUGGAAAUCUCGUAGCAUCGGUAUGUGGGACCGUCCUCGAGGACAAAACAUGUUGGACAGCGGAGCGCCCUUCUACGAUACCUACGAGACCGCAGACGGAAAGUACAUGGCUGUGGGAGCCAUAGAACCGCAGUUCUACACACAGCUACUUAAGGGUUUAGAGUUGGAUGCUGGAGCGUUACCUCCUCAGAUGAGCUUCACUGAUUGGCCAGAGCUGAGACGGCUCUUCAUAGAGUGUUUUGCUUCAAAAAGUCAAGCAGAGUGGUCAAGGAUUUUUGAUGGGACUGAUGCCUGUGUUACACCUGUGUUGUCUUUCGACGAGGUGAGCUCACACCCACAUAACCAGGAAAGAGCUUCCUUCAUGAAGGACGCCAGCGGGGAGGAAAGCCCCCGGCCGGCCCCGGUUCUCUCUCGGACUCCUGCAGAGCCUUGCCUUGCCUCCGAUCCUGUUAUUGGAGAACACACAGUUGAUGUCCUAAAUGAGUAUGGGUUUACAUCAGCAAACAUAGACCAGAUGCUAACAGCAGGGGUCGUAGAGUGUAAUCCUGCCAAAGCAAAGUUGUAGAGACUUUAGAGAUUGAUAUCAGUGAUUGAUUUGGACGAAAAACACAAUUAGACCACACCGAAUUAAGGUCUCAAAUUUAACACUUUAAAGUUUCUUAAAUACUUUCCUAAAUACAUAUGAACCACUCUUCAUAUCGGCAUAAAUUAGAUCCACCGCACAGCAAAUUUAAAAAGAAAUAUUGUAAUUUUAAUGCUGGUUUGCCCGAUUCACAGGAAGUUAGGUAAAUGAGAAUGUUGAAGCUUAUAUGUGAUUGCACAUUCUAUGUCUAUAUUAUUAUUAUAAAUGUUUUUCUGGUGGGUGCAAAGUCAAUCAACAUCUCCAGAACACCUUUACUUAAGUUAAGAUAAUUGAAAUACUAAAUUAGCCAUCGCCACAGGAAGUACAUGUAAAUCUAAACCUGCUGUAUAACAAUUUUGUAAAAUAAUCACAAUAAAAUGCAUGAAAUGUGA